AUGCUAUUUCGCGGAAUAAAUAGUAUAAAAUCAAAAUCAUGUCUCCGGUCUCCUGUAACAAGAGAUUUCAGAGGAUUAGCAACCGUGUUACAACAGGAGCCUUCGCAUCCACAUGUUAGAACUUCUGUGCCAGGACCAAAAUCAAAGGAACUAUUUAAAGAUUUAAAUUCCAUGCAGCAAGCUAGCUCGGUUCAACUAUUUGCUGACUACGACAAAAGCAUGGGUAAUUACUUCGUGGAUGCCGACGGGAAUGUCUUUUUGGACGCCUUCACACAAAUCUCGUCUGUACCCAUUGGCUAUAAUCAUCCGCAACUCUUGAACGUAUUCAAGGACGAACAAAACCUUAAAGCACUAGUGAAUCGCCCAGCUCUAGGAGUUUUCCCUGGGUUAGAUUGGCCCCAAAAAUUGAAAAAUGUGCUAAUGUCGGUUGCCCCUGCCGGACUUGAUAAUAUUGCCACUAUGAUGUGCGGUUCCUGUUCUAAUGAGAACGCUUACAAAACCGUUAUGAUGUGGUACCGCACCAAGCAACGUGGAGGAAAAAUAGAUUUCACGCCUGAAGAAAUCAGUUCUUGUAUGCUCAACCAAGCACCGGGAUCGCCAAACUUAUCUAUUUUGUCUUUUGAGGGUAGUUUUCAUGGACGCACCUUUGGUGCGUUAAGCUCUACGAGGUCUAAACCCAUACAUAAAUUAGAUUGCCCAGCAUUUGAUUGGCCUGUUGCUCCAUUCCCAAGAUACAAAUAUCCUUUAGAUCAAUUUCAACGAGAAAAUGCCCAGGAAGAUAAGCGAUGUCUGGAACGAGUGGCUGACAUUAUAGACAAAUACGAGAAGAAAAAUAAUCCCGUAGCGGGUGUUAUUGUAGAGCCUAUCCAAUCUGAAGGUGGAGACCACGAAGCUUCUCCGGCCUUCUUCCAGGGCCUGCAAAAAAUAUGUCAAGAGAAAGGAUCCGCAUUAAUAAUUGACGAAGUACAAACAGGCUGUGGACCGUCAGGGAAAAUGUGGUGCCAUGAAUACUUCAAUCUACCAUCACCACCAGAUGUAGUUACAUUCAGUAAAAAAAUGUUGACUGGUGGUUUUUACUUUAAAUCUGAGUUCAAGCCUCCCCAUGCUUAUAGAGUUUUCAACACAUGGAUGGGUGACCCGUCAAAGUUAAUUCUGCUCGAACAGGUUCUCAAAGUGAUUAAACAAAAUAACUUAAUUGAAAAUGCCAAUAAAACCGGCCAAGUUCUAAAGAAUGGUCUUCUGAAGCUCGAGAAAGAAUUUCCAAACUUGGUGAACAGCGUGCGCGGUCGCGGCACUUUCUUGUCAUUUAAUACCUCAAAUACUGAAGUGAGGGACAAAAUACUCUCCAAUUUAAGACAGAAUGGUGUAAUAGGAGGUGGGUGUGGAGAAAUGGCCAUUCGUCUUCGACCAGCUCUCGUCUUUCAACAAAAGCAUGCUGAAAUUUAUUUAGACAUUCUGAGGAAAACACUAAAGGAAAUUUAA